UACCGUUUGUAUUUUGACAGAUCAAUCGCUGUUUUUAUAGGUUAGUUCAAAGCUCAAAAUGAACAAGAAAAUUGUGGUUCGAAAUAUCUGCAUGGGACUAUUUUUCUUCUUCAGCGGAGUAGAAUAUGCUGUGAUUUUACCGACUUUGAAUGGAUAUCUUAUAACGUUCGAUGCAAAACAGAGCUUUUUAGGACUCGUCUUGGCUGCAUUCAGCUUCUCUGGAAUGAUAUCUGCUCCCAUUUACGGUAUAAUCGCAGACAAAACAAGAUCGACAAAACUGUGUGUUAUCGUUGCAAAUUGUUUUGAAAUAUUGGGUAAUAUCCUAUACUUUACUAGUACAAAUGAGUACAUGGUGUUAGGUGCAAGACUUAUUGCCGGAAUUGGUUCAGGCGCAGCUUCAUCUAUAUUUGGCAUGAUAGCCAGGACAACUACACCUGAAGAGCGUACGAGCGUGUUUUCACUCCUUAUGUCAUUGCGACAGAUAGGAAUGAUAGUGGGACCAGCGUUUAAUAUAUUUCUACACGUUUUGGACUUUUAUAUUGGAAAGUUUCAUAUCAACGAGUAUACAUCUCCUGGAUUUUUGAUGACUAUAAUAUGGUUUCUUCAUAGUGUCUUAUUGAUAAUUGUGUAUAAAGACGAAGAUGAGAAAAGGCAAAAGAUAGAAGAAACGCCGACUGUUGAUGGAGUGGUUGAAAUAUCUGGCGAUGGAGCAACGGGAGUUCGUGAGGAAGUCAGAACGAAACGUGCACCCUCAAUGCUUGAGAAUAAGAAAGUCAAGAGUUUUGUAAAUGAAUUCCUUCGAGAAGAAAUUGUCAUCUGCCUGUUUGCUACUUUCUUUGUCAUGUUUGCUCAAACGGGCCUGGAAACUGCUGCAGCACCAAUGACCCUGCUGUUUUUUGGUUGGGGCGGAUUAGAAAAUAGUUACUUAUUUUGCGCCGGGUCUGUAGUCGUAGUUUCCAGUUUUGUAGCUUUGAGCUUUUUAAGUAAAAAAUUCUCGGAUCGGCAACUAGUACUAUUCGGAUGUAUUGGUAUGAUAGCUACAUAUAUCAUGUAUUUUGUUUACUCAGCUGUUCUGUCGUACGCAGAAAAAUACGAUGGUAACCCGAAAGAUUGUCCAACAUGGCUACUUCCAGUUUUUGCCAUAAAUAUAACAAUGCUGACCAUUGCGGUGCCUUUUCUCUGGGUUCCACAAGCAUCGCUAUUUUCGAAAAUUACCAGUAAAGAAACUCAGGCUUUCAACCAAGGAGUAAGAAUGGUGACAUUACGCAUGGGUCAAAUUAUCGGUCCCAUAUGGGCUUCCCCUAUGACAACAAUAGAUAGAAUGCCUAUUAUGCUUGCCGUAGAUUUAUUUCUUACAUGUAUGCUGACUACAAUGGUUUACCUCUCAUACAAUCGACUUCAACCAUUAGAAGAUUUACCAAAAUUGGAUCAAAGCGAGGAUGAAGAAAAAACUCCGUUAUUGGGGGCAAUAAACGACUUAAAAAUUCUUGUCCUGACUUUUACUAUUAUCGCGGUGGUUUACAAACGACUCAUCUGCGUCAACCACGUUCGCGGACGCAUUGAGCUAUAG